AUAUCGUUCAGUCCGACAGGGAAGUGGCCUAACUUCUCAGAGCAGGUGUCUUCGGAGGAGCUCACUGGAGGCGUGAGGAGGGGAAAUUUCACAUAGGCUACUGCAUUUCCCUCUUUAUACCUCCUUGGGUAGCAGAUGUUUGCAAAAAUGGUUUCUAAGUUGACAUCUCUGCAACAGGAGCUUCUGAGCGCCUUGUUGGACUCUGGAGUUACUAAAGAUGUGCUUCUGCAAGCGUUGGAGGACCUGGACCCGAGCCCGAGCGCUUUUGGAGUUAAACUGGACAGUCUGCAGAUGUCCCCCUCCGGCUCCAGACUCAGUGACACGGAUACAAAGCCGGUGUUUCACACGCUGACCAAUGGACACGGUAAAGGGAAGUUAUCAGGGGACGAGGGCUCAGAGGACGGGGAUGAUUUCGAUACACCUCCGAUCCUGAAAGAGCUGCAGUCUCAGAACACAGAGGAAGCAGCGGAGCAGAGGGCAGAGAUCGAGCGAAUGCUGGCGGAGGACCCGUGGCGCGCGGCCCGCAUGAUCAAAGGCUACAUGCUGCAGCACAAUAUUCCUCAGCGCGAGGUGGUGGAUGUGACAGGCCUCAAUCAGUCGCACCUGUCGCAGCACCUGAAUAAAGGCACGCCUAUGAAAACGCAGAAACGCGCGGCGCUCUACACCUGGUACGUCAGGAAACAGCGGGAGAUCUUGCGACAAUUCAACCAGGCCUCGCAAGGCUCUGUCAGCAACAUGUCCGACAGAGCCGACCAGGAUCAGGUGCUACUUUUUUUCUCUGAGUUCGGUCAGUCCGGGCAGGGCAUGGGGCAGUCAGGGGACGAUGCUGGCAUUGAACCUGCAUGCAAGAAAAUGAGACGCAACCGCUUCAAAUGGGGACCUGCAUCCCAACAGAUCCUUUACCAGGCUUACGAACGACAGAAGAACCCCAGCAAAGAGGAGAGGGAGGCACUGGUGGAGGAGUGCAACCGAGCUGAAUGCCUUCAGAGAGGAGUCUCACCUUCUAAAUCUCACGGGCUUGGCUCCAACCUGGUCACGGAGGUGCGAGUCUACAACUGGUUUGCUAACAGGAGAAAGGAAGAGGCCUACCAAAAAAAGCCUACUAAUGACACAUAUAGUACAAAAACACAAAAUCAAAACCCCCCUCUCACACACAUCCCCAAUCUUGAUCAUCAUCAUUGCAGCAGUGUCCGGUACAGCCAGCAAGGACCUGGUGAAGUCAGUUCCUCCACAACUAUCAACCACCAUAGCAGCAAUGCCAUGUCAACCAGUCAGUCAGUGUUACAGCAGGUCUCUCCUGGGGCUCUGGACCCCAGCCACAGCCUCAUGUCACCUGAUGCCAAGAUGAUCUCGGUUUCUGGCGGAGGUCUUCCUCCAGUCAGCACCCUGACCAACAUCCAUGCAUCCCACCACAUGCACCAACAGACCCCCAACCUCAUAAUGCCCCUUUCUGGAGUCAUGGCCAUUGCACAAAGUUUGAACACGUCACAGGCGCAGACAGUACCCGUCAUCAACAGCAUUGCAGGCAGUCUGGCAGCAUUACAGCCGGUCCAGUUCUCGCAGCAGAUGAAUGUCUCACACCAGCAGCUCAUGCAACAGUCACCCGGCCACAUGAGCCAGCAGCCCUUCAUGGCCUCUGUCUCACACUCACACAUGUACCCACACAAGCAGGAGCUGCCCCAGUAUUCUCACUCGUCUCGGUUUCCCCCUUCCAUGGUGGUGACAGACGCCAACAGCCUCAGUACGCUGAGCUCAAUGUCCUCCAGCAAACAGUGUCCGCUUCAGGCCUGGUGAGCACCUGACUUCCUUGACGCCGAGAACAUCGUCCCCACCUCCAUUCCCCCUCAUUGCGCCCGUAUCUGUGGAAACCCAUAAUAAGUGUGAGCAAGCGGCACACUGGAUGAAGAGUUCGUCAAUAAACCAGGGGAUGUAGGACUGACGAGAACGGACACUGUUAGGUUGUUCGAUCAACAAGGGUACACACUUUUAGUGACAGUAUUGAGGAACAUGGGUGAUCCUGAAGAACAAACCAAUAGGAAACACAAGACAAAGCUACAGAUACAAGGAGAAGAAAACCAUGUGCUCAGUGAAGACAUUAUAGUAGAACUGUGUGGAUACAAUGACAAUCAGCCAAUGUAAGAAGCAUCUGUAAGAGUUUCUGUAACGUGUAUCUGAUGCAAAGACAUCUUCCGUGAAAUCUGACAACGCUUAGACAAUGUUCUGUACAGUUGAAUGUAAAUACAAGCAAUUAUUAUAUCGUUAGUAUGAAGGAUGUAAAUAUUCGAUUGUCCAUGUGGUGUGCUGUUUUAUCUGUCUAAACUGUGAUUCACGACAUGACAAUCUAUGGAACAGGUAUGACGUAUUGGAAUAUGCAAUUUCAGACUUUUUUUGACUACUAUGUUGACGUCAAAUCUUAAAAAGUGUGAUAAAUGUUAAAGCAAAACCUGAACC